AUCCUUGUUACCGCUUUGACUUUACUGGUGACUUAUUAUAUUUAUAAGAGACGUGGACUUCCUCCAGGACCGUGGGGUUUACCCAUUAUUGGAUUUUUGCCAUGGUUGGAUCCCAUUGCACCAUAUUUAACGUUAACUAAGUUAUCGAAGAAGUACGGAUCCAUAUAUGGGCUCAGUCUGGGAAAUGUAUACGCAGUAGUAUUAACAGACCCAAAAAUUAUUAAAUCUUUAUUUUCUAACGAUUCAACUACUGGUCGAGCUCCCUUAUAUUUGACCCAUGGAAUAAUGAAAGGUUACGGUCUCAUUUGCGCAGAAGGCGAACUAUGGAGAGAACAAAGAAGAUUCGUUCAUAACUGCAUCCGACAAUUUGGUGGGUCGAAAAUAGGCCCACAGAGGACUAAAAUGGAAAAACUCAUCAUGACGCACGCUAAUGAAUUUGUGAAUUACAUUGGCAAUUCAGGAGAGGACACUGCACUCGACCCAUUAGAACCACUUCGGCACAGUUUGGGGUCAGCCAUAAAUUUAUUCGUUUUUGGGAUAUCGUGGUCACGGAAUGAUGAUAUAUGGAUUUGGCUACAAGAGAUACAAGAAGAAGGUACCAAGCAUAUUGGAGUUGCCGGACCUUUGAAUUUUUUGCCUUUUUUGAG